AAGUAGCAGUAGAACUGAACUGCAACUAAAGGAAGUAGCCUAGUUUGAAUAUUGUAAUGAUAUACCUGUACUUCAUAGUAUUGGAGUAUAGAAGAUACAAACCGUAAAAGUGAUGCCGGCCCAGCCCUCCCUCAGAGAACCACAGGAGGAGAUGGAGGUGGAGGGAGAGAGUGAAUUACCAGAGGCCAAUGGAGAGAUGGAGGAAGAGAGGGAGAGAGAGAGAAGAGAGGGGGAGGAGGAAACCAUGGAGGAGAGUACGGAGGAGAGGGAGAGCGACUCGGACGAUAGCGAGGAGGAGGAAGAGGAGGAAGAGGAGAGUUCAGAGAUGGAUGAUGAGGACUGUGAGAGAAGGAGAGGAGAGUGCCUAGAUGAGAUGUCAGACCUAGAGAAACAGUUCCUGGAACUGAAAGACAAAGUGUUGCGGUUGAACCAGGUUAAGGUGAAGCUAGAUGAGGUGUUGACUGGUAAAGCAGGAGAAUACAGAGAACCACUGGCAACACUACAACACAACAUGACGCUACGUACCCAGGUGGCAGGUGUGUACAGAGAACUGUGUCUGCAGGUGAUCCAACACAGGUACGAGUGUGAGCUGCAGGGAGCUCGACAACACCUGGAGAGCGAGAGGACAUUGUUGUUUGAUGCUAUGAAGACAGAACUGCUGGACAAGAUCAGACGGCUGGAGGAGGAUAGCCAGAGUGUAGACCUCACGUCAGAGUGGUGGAGUGAUGAGGUGAAAGGAAAGAAGUGUAAAAGGAGGAGUCUGUCCCGGCCAGAGAGGAAGAAGAAGGCUGCCCUAGUAUCUGGCCCGUUCAUCGUCUACAUGUUGAGAGACAUUGAUAUCCUGGAAGACUGGGCAGCUAUACAGAAGGCUAAAGCAGCACUGACACCACUAAAGAAGAAAUCAGACAAGCGGUGAUAACAGAGGAGUGUCUCAGAUGUCUAGAUGAACCAAAGUCUCUGAGUUGCAGAAGAGAACUCACAACAACAGAACAGUCUUGAACACAACAGAACAGUCCUGACCACUAUUUAAAAGCAAAGCACUUCAGUAGGGUCUUGUUCAGUAGGGCAUACUGGAACAAAACAUUUUUCAACAGAAAAUGUAAAUCUGUCUUCUUAUUGGACAAGUUCAGGACAGUACCUCUCUGUUUCAAACCGUUUUGUCCCUACUGAACACAGCCCAGACUAUGAAGACGAAGCAGCAGAUUGAUCACUUUUAGGUUCUGAUUCAUCUAUCACACUAUGGCCCAGUUACCUUUAGGUUCUGAUUCAUCUAUGACACUAUGGCCCAGUUACCUUUAGGUUCUGAUUCAUCUAUGACACUAUGGCCCAGUUACCUUUAGGUUCUGAUUCAUCUAUGACACUAUGGCCCAGUUACCUUUAGGUUCUGAUUCAUCUAUCACACUAUGGCCCAGUUACCUUUAGGUUCUGAUUCAUCUAUCACACUAUGGCCCAGUUACCUUUAGGUUCUGAUUCAUCUAUCACACUAUGGCCCAGUUACCUUUAGGUUCUGAUUCAUCUAUCACACUAUGGCCCAGUUACCUUUAGGUUCUGAUUCAUCUAUCACACUAUGGCCCAGUUACCUUUAGGUUCUGAUUCAUCUUUGACACUAUGGCCCAGUUACCUUUAGGUUCUGAUUCAUCUAUCACACUAUGGCCCAGUUACCUUUAGGUUCUGAUUCAUCUAUCACACUAUGGCCCAGUUACCUUUAGGUUCUGAUUCAUCUUUGACACUAUGGCCCAGUUACCUUUAGGUUCUGAUUCAUCUAUCACUAGUGCUAAGCGAUUAACCAAAAUGUUGAAUAGGUUUUUAAGCAAGUAAUUGACCAACGUUGGUUCAAUUGUUUGAAUUCCAUUUCGUUAUUUUUUCCCCCUGUGAGCUCAAUGUGCAGUUUCUCUAGAGAUAAAUCAGAUCAAGCCCGAACUGUGCAAUUUAGUAGGGAGUUGUCGUUUCUAACAGGCUUUGUGGUGAUGAACUACAAUGACCAUAAUCCAUUGCGCGCCUACUUGUCCGGGUCUGUGGAGCAGACACGGAGAGGGAGAGGAGGGAGAGAGAGCAGCUGCUUCGAGGUAUCUCUACCUGAAAAUACAUGAUCUAAGUGACUGAUAGUUGGUAUUCAGCAGUCAUUAAAGUCUUAUUGACAUUAAAGGACUAAAAUAGUGAUGUUGUCAGACAGCAGCUCUAUAGAGAUGAGAUGACUUAGUGAUUCUGUCAGACAGCAGCUCUAUAGAGAUGAGAUGACUUAGUGAUUCUGUCAGCAGCUCUAUAGAGAUGAGAUGACUUAGUGAUUCUGUCAGACAGCAGCUCUAUAGAGAUGAGAUGACUUAAUGAUUCUGUCAGACAGCAGCUCUAUAGAGAUGAGAUGACUUAGUGAUUCUGUCAGACAGCAGCUCUAUAGAGAUGACUUAGUGAUUCUGUCAGACAGCAGCUCUAUAGAGAUGAGAUGACUUAGUGAUUCUGUCAGACAGCAGCUCUAUAGAGACGAGAUGACUUAGUGAUGUUGUCAGACAGCAGCUCUAUAGAGAUGAGAUGACUUAGUGAUGUUGUCAGACAGCAGCUCUAUAGAGAUGAGAUGACUUAGUGAUUCUGUCAGACAGCAGCUCUAUAGAGACGAGAUGACUUAGUGAUGUUGUCAGACAGCAGCUCUAUAGAGAUGAGAUGACUUAGUGAUGUUGUCAGACAGCAGCUCUAUAGAGAUGAGAUGACUUAGUGAUUCUGUCAGACAGCAGCUCUAUAGAGAUGAGAUGACUUAGUGAUGUUGUCAGACAGCAGCUCUAUAGAGAUGAGAUGACUUAGUGAUUCUGUCAGACAGCAGCUCUAUAGAGAUGAGAUGACUUAGUGAUGUUGUCAGACAGCAGCUCUAUAGAGAUGAGAUGACUUAGUGAUUCUGUCAGACAGCAGCUCUAUAGAGACGAGAUGACUUAGUGAUUCUGUCAGACAGCAGCUCUAUAGAGACGAGAUGAUGACUUAGUGAUUCUGUCAGACAGCAGCUCUAUAGAGACGAGAUGAUGACUUAGUGAUGUUGUCAGACAGCAGCUCUAUAGAGAUGAGAUGACUUAGUGAUGUUGUCAGACAGCAGCUCUAUAGAGAUGAGAUGACUUAGUGAUGUUGUCAGACAGCAGCUCUAUAGAGAUGAGAUGACUUAGUGAUGUUGUCAGACAGCAGCUCUAUAGAGAUGAGAUGACUUAGUGAUUCUGUCAGACAGCAGCUCUAUAGAGAUGAGAUGACUUAGUGAUUCUGUCAGACAGCAGCUCUAUAGAGAUGACUUAGUGAUUCUGUCAGACAGCAGCUCUAUAGAGAUGAGAUGACUUAGUGAUUCUGUCAGACAGCAGCUCUAUAGAGACGAGAUGACUUAGUGAUGUUGUCAGACAGCAGCUCUAUAGAGACGAGAUGAUUACUUAGUGAUGUUGUCAGACAGCAGCUCUAUAGAGAUGAGAUGACUUAGUGAUGUUGUCAGACAGCAGCUCUAUAGAGAUGAGAUGACUUAGUGAUGUUGUCAGACAGCAGCUCUAUAGAGACGAGAUGACUUAGUGAUUCUGUCAGAUAGCAGCUCUAUAGAGACGAGAUGACUUAGUGAUUCUGUCAGACAGCAGCUCUAUAGAGAUGAGAUGACUUAGUGAUUCUGUCAGACAGCAGCUCUAUAGAGAUGAGAUGACUUAGUGAUGUUGUCAGACAGCAGCUCUAUAGAGAUGAGAUGACUUAGUGAUUCUGUCAGACAGCAGCUCUAUAGAGAUGAGAUGACUUAGUGAUUCUGUCAGACAGCAGCUCUAUAGAGAUGAGAUGACUUAGUGAUUCUGUCAGACAGCAGCUCUAUAGAGAUGAGAUGACUUAGUGAUGUUGUCAGACAGCAGCUCUAUAGAGAUGAGAUGACUUAGUGAUUCUGUCAGAUAGCAGCUCUAUAGAGAUGAGAUGACUUAGUGAUUCUGUCAGACAGCAGCUCUAUAGAGACUAGAUGACUUAGUGAUUCUGUCAGAUAGCAGCUCUAUAGAGAUGAGAUGACUUAGUGAUUCUGUCAGACAGCAGCUCUAUAGAGAUGAGAUGACUUAGUGAUGUUGUCAGACAGCAGCUCUAUAGAGAUGAGAUGACUUAGUGAUGUUGUCAGACAGCAGCUCUAUAGAGAUGAGAUGACUUAGUUAUUCUGUCAGAUAGCAGCUCUAUAGAGAUGAGAUGACUUAGUGAUUCUGUCAGACAGCAGCUCUAUAGAGAUGAGAUGACUUAGUGAUGUUGUCAGACAGCAGCUCUAUAGAGAUGAGAUGACUUAGUGAUUCUGUCAGAUAGCAGCUCUAUAGAGAUGAGAUGACUUAGUGAUUCUGUCAGACAGCAGCUCUAUAGAGAUGAGAUGACUUAGUGAUUCUGUCAGAUAGCAGCUCUAUAGAGAUGAGAUGACUUAGUGAUUCUGUCAGACAGCAGCUCUAUAGAGAUGAGAUGACUUAGUGAUGUUGUCAGACAGCAGCUCUAUAGAGAUGAGAUGACUUAGUGAUUCUGUCAGAUAGCAGCUCUAUAGAGAUGAGAUGACUUAGUGAUUCUGUCAGACAGCAGCUCUAUAGAGAUGAGAUGACUUAGUGAUGUUGUCAGACAGCAGCUCUAUAGAGACGAGAUGAUGACUUGGAAAGAAAUAAUAAAGUUAACAAAUAAAACUAAUGUAAUAUACACAAUAACUGAAAUAUUUGAUUAAAGUAAAGUAAUGUGAAUAAAUAAUGGUUAAUAAGUGAUCAGCAGUAAUGGGCGAUCACUAAGCAUCAUGGGACUUUUACAGUGCCUAGCGAAAGUGUUCAUCCCCCUGACGUUUUUCCUAUUUUGUUGCAUUCCAACCUGUAAUUUAAAUUCAUUUUUAUUUGGAUUUCAUGUAAUGGACAAACACAAAAUUGUCCAAAUUGGUGAAGUGAAAUGGAAAAAAUAACUUGUUUAAAAAAAAAUAGAAAAAAUAGAAAAGUGGUGUGUGCAUAUGUAUUCACCCCCUUUGCUAUGAAGCCCCUAAAUAAGAUCUGGUGCAACCAAUGACCUUCAGAAGUCACGUAAUUAGUUAAAUAAAGUCCACAAUUAAAUCCAUUAUUAAAAAAUGGAAAGAAUAUGGCACCACAACAAACCUGCCAAGAGAGGGCCAAAACUCACGGACCAGGCAAGGAAGGCAUUAAUCAGAGAGGCAACAAAGAGACCAAAGAUAACCCUGAAGGAGCUGCAAAGCUCCACAGAGCUAUACGGCAUGUGGGAGACUCCCCAAACAUAUGGAAUAAGGUACCUUGGUCAGAAGAGAUUAAAUUUAGCUUUUAUGCCAUCAAGGAAAACGCUAUGUCUGGCGCAACCCAACACCGCAUAACCCCGAGAACACCAUCCCCACAGUGAUGCAUGGUGGUGGCAGCAUCAUGCUGUGGGGAUGUUUUUCAUCGGCAGGGAAACUGGUCAGAAUUGAAGGAAUGAUGGAUGGUGCUAAAUACAGGGAAAUUCUUGAGGGAAACCUAUUUGUCUUCCAGAGAUUUGAGACUUUGACGGAGGUUCACCUUCCAGCAGGACAAUGACCCUAAGCAUACUGCUAAAGCAACACUCAAGUGGUUUAAGGGGAAACAUUUAAAUGUCUUGGAAUGGCCUAGUCAAAGCCCAGACCUCAAUCUAAUUGAGAAUCUGUGGUAUCACUUAAAGAUUGCUGUACACCAGCGGAACCCGGAGUUGGAACAGUUUUACCUUGGAGAAUGGGCCAAUCUCCCAGUGGCUAGAUGUGCCAAGAUUAUACCCCUAGAGACUUGCAGCUGUAAUUGCUGCAAAAGGUGGCUCUACAAAGUAUUGACUUUGUGAGUUAUACAGGCUUAAGUUUUCAGUUUUUUUGUCUUAUUUCUUGGCUGUUUCACAAUAAUAAAUAUUUUGCAUCUUCAAAGUGGUAGGCAUGUUGUGUAAAUCAAAUGAUACAAACCCCCCCCCAAAAAAAAAAAAAAUAUAUUUUAAUUCCAGGUUAUAGGGCAACAAAAUAGCAAAAAUGCCAAGGGGGGUGAAGACUUUCACUAGCCACUGUAUUAGUUAUUGUAUGAUGUGUUGUUUCAACCCACAUAUAAUGCACAGGUCAUUUAAUGUUUAAAAAAGUUAUCGAAAACCAUGAUUAUGUUUAAUAAUCUAACCGAAACCGAACCGACCUCAAAAAAACACUAAUCGCUUUAACGUUUAAUGUCAACACUUUAUUUUUUACACCUCUAUGAUUUUUUUUAGAAUCGAACCGAAACCAAGAUGGGUCUAGAAAAGCACUAAUUGCUCAGCACUAGUUUACACACUAUGGGCCAGUUACCCAGAUCAAUACACAUUAUAGACCAGUUACCCAGAUCAAUACAAACUAUAGACCAGUUACCCAGAUCAAUACAAACUAUAGACCAGUUACCCAGAUCAAUACAAACUAUAGACCAGUUACCCAGAUCAAUACAAACUAUAGACCAGUUACCCAGAUCAAUACACAUUAUAGACCAGUUACCCAGAUCAAUACACAUUAUAGACCAGUUACCCAGAUCAAUACAAACUAUAGACCAGUUACCCAGAUCUCAAUACACAUUAUAGACCAGCUACCCAGAUCAAUACAAACUAUAGACCAGUUACCCAGAUCAAUACAAACUAUAGACCAGUUACCCAGAUCAAUACACAUUAUAGACCAGUUACCCAGAUCAAUACACAUUAUAGACCAGUUACCCAGAUCAAUACAAACUAUAGACCAGUUACCCAGAUCAAUACAAACUAUAGACCAGUUACCCAGAUCAAUACAAACUAUUGACCAGUUACCCAGAUCAAUACACAUUAUAGACCAGUUACCCAGAUCAAUACACAUUAUAGACCAGUUACCCAGAUCAAUACAAACUAUAGACCAGUUACCCAGAUCUCAAUACACAUUAUAGACCAGUUACCCAGAUCAAUACACAUUAUAGACCAGUUACCCAGAUCAAUACAAACUAUAGACCAGUUACCCAGAUCUCAAUACACAUUAUAGACCAGUUACCCAGAUCAAUACACAUUAUAGAACAGUUACCCAGAUCAAUACAAACUAUAGACCAGUUACCCAGAUCAAUACACAUUAUAGACCAGUUACCCAGAUCUCAAUACACACUAUAGACCAGUUACCCAGAUCAAUACACAUUAUAGACCAGUUACCCAGAUCAAUACACAUUAUAGACCAGUUACCCAGAUCAAUACACAUUAUAGACCAGUUACCCAGAUCAAUACAAACUAUAGACCAGUUACCCAGAUCAAUACACAUUAUAGACCAGUUACCCAGAUCAAUACACAUUAUAGACCAGUUACCCAGAUCAAUACAAACUAUAGACCAGUUACCCAGAUCAAUACACAUUAUAGACCAGUUACCCAGAUCAAUACACAUUAUAGACCAGUUACCCAGAUCAAUACACAUUAUAGACCAGUUACCCAGAUCAAUACAAACUAUAGACCAGUUACCCAGAUCAAUACACACUAUAGACCAGUUACCCAGAUCAAUACACACUAUAGACCAGUUACCCAGAAUCCUUGGUUCUGUGUGUCUGAAUGUGUUCACUAACAGCGUUAGUGCCCGCAGUGUGGCUCAACUGGGACAAAUACAUUCUCCUUUUCUGUCCCCUCACCUGGAAUUUUUUUUACUAGAAAUACAUUUCAACAAGUGACACAAUUGAGAGUUGUUACUUAUCAUGUUACUUUCCUUAUGACGGUGAUAUGUCACCUUAAGUAGCUUUAUUGAGAUCCUUAUAACAGGUCUGCCUGGAUACCAAAAAAAAAACCGCCUUGCUACUUUUCUAAUGUGCACUUCUGAAAAGAAAAUACCCCAAUUUCUCCCUCUGGUAAAAAAAUAGAUGUUUUUUUUCUGUUACAAAAAAAGAAAGAAAUAACGAAAUCUAACCACAAAAUACUAUGUGAUUUCCUUUUUUUCCCAAAAUCAACAUGUUAAGGUUUCUUACCUUUUAGUUUAGAUGAAACUAUAAAUAAAUAAAUAAUAAAACUAUAAACUAAAGUCCUAAAGGUUUCUUACAUCUAAACUAAAGUCCUAAAGGUUUCUUACAUCUAAACUAAAGUCCUAAAGGUUUCUUACAUCUAAACUAAAGUCCUAAAGGUUUCUUACAUCUAAACUAAAGUCCUAAAGGUUUCUUACAUCUAAACUAAAGUCCUAAAGGUUUCUUACAUCUAAACUAAAGUCCUAAAGGUUUCUUACAUCUAAACUAAAGUCCUAAAAGGUAUCGAUGGGAAAACCCUGAAAUACAAACUACUGUACUUUAACCUGCAAUAUUACUACUGUAACUUAAUACUGUUUCUAUGACUACCACAGGCUUUAAUUGAAGAUGUUUUCACUCCUAUAACGACCAUGUAUUUAUAGAGAUUCAAUAAGAUGAAGGGUUUAAAUUCUAUCUUUUUUGAGAUGAGGAUGGUUUUUAGUGUGUUUCUUACUGUUGUCUAUUCCUUUUUAUUAUUUAUUAGUGUGUGUGUGUGUGUGUGUGUGUGUGUGUGUGUGUGUGCGUGCGUGCGUGUGCGUGCGUGCGAGUGUGUGUGAGAGAGUGUGAGUGUUUUGGAUUGUAUGAAUGAGAAAGAGAAGGAGAGGGAGAAAAAGGAGAGAGAGAAAGAGAGAGAGAGAAGGAGAGAGAGAGAAAGAGAAGGGGAGAGAGAGAGAAGGAGAAGGAAAGAGAGAGAAAAAAAGAGGAGAGAGAGAAGGAGAAGGGGGGGGGGGACAGAGAAGGGGGGGAGAGAGAGAGAGAGCAUUAAAACCAUUGUGGCUGCACUAUCUUGAAUUUACCAUCAGUUGACCUUCAUAACACCAUUUAUUAUCAAGGUGCACAACAACGAUUUAACCGCUAGAUGGAGAAACAACAUUAUAAUUGAGCUCUAAACCUUUAACUGUUAAUACACACACAAGUAGCCUGAGUGCCAGUCUGUUUAUUUAUGCUAUCAUGCCAAGUCCUUGUCACUCAUUGUUAUGCCUACAGUGACAGAGUUCAGUUGGCCUUGGUAACAGAUCUGAGACCAGGCAACCACACAAGAUCACAACCAGAUCUGAGACCAGGCUACCACACAAGAUCACAACCAGAUCUGAGACCAGGCUACCACACAAGAUCACAACCAGAUCUGAGACCAGGCUACCACACAAGAUCACAACCAGAUCUGAGACCAGGCAACCACACAAGAUCACAAGCAGAUUUGAGACCAGGCUACCACACAAGAUCACAAGCAGAUCUGAGACCAGGCUACCACACAAGAUCACAAGCAGAUCUGAGACCAGGCUACCACACAAGAUCACAAGCAGAUCUGAGACCAGGAUACCACACAAGAUCACAACCAGAUCUGAGACCAGGCUACCACACAAGAUCACAAGCAGAUCUGAGACCAGGCUACCACACAAGAUAAUUCAAAACUCGACCGGGAUUAACUGAAAUUGAGAAGUAUUAAUGAAAUUAUUUCAUAAUAUGAAUUUGUAAAUGUUGGAUUUGGAAUUAAACAAAGUCCCAUCAGGCA